ACCUCCCUUAGUUUCAGUAGUUCCUCACUUAUUCCAGUUUAUCGAAUAGUUUGUAGGAGGGUCAAGGCAGCAGGAUGAGAUGAUUUGUUGAAAAGCCACAUUUUUGAUAAAGACCGCAACGAGGCUUUUCGCCUCCUGGUCGGCCAACAAGAUGGUGGGACUCUCAUCCGCAACUGCUGUCCUUCUUGCUUGCUCUGCUCAGACAGCAUCUGCGCUGCAUCUCAAAACUACAUCUUCUUUGAAGAAGGCCACGACAAAAAAAUCGAAAGCGCGUAUUUCUUCCAGAAGCCAGCGUCAACGCCUCACACUCACCAGUAAAAAAAGUCAUCAAGAACCGUGGCUUUACGGCAGUGGAGAUGCGCUGACACUGGGUGCUUUGCACCCGAAGGUCGUAGAGAUUUGCGAGUCCGCAGUCCGGAAAGCAGAAGGGACGCAGUGCUCAGACCUCGACUUGGUGCCGGAUUAUGUGGUACAACUCCCAUUAGCAUUACUAGCAGUUCUUGAAGUAGUACUUCUUUGUGGAGGUACUGCUUCUACUACAACAAGAUCAUACCUACUUUCAAUUUGUAGCUCUACUAUGAACAAAAAUUGCAGGAAUUUAUAUAUUCAUCUCGUCACUCGUCACUCAACCCCAACAACAGUCCUCCAGCGCUUACCAUGCUUGCUUAGACGACUGGGAAGGGGUCCAUGGACUAGCAUCGGAUUGCGAAAAGCACCACACGAAAAUCGACUCCCCUUGUGGAAAAGCCUGUCUUUACAAGGGAUUGAGGGCUUUGGCUGCGAAGCAUGGUAAGCACAGCUAAAUAAUUGACUAGUACGCAUCAUUUGCAAGAAGAAUUGGAAGGGCUGCAAUCAGGACCUUGAGAUCAUGAAACCUUAAUUUUGCUGCGUUCUCCUUCAUCUCCAGUACGCGGAUUAUAAUCUGUCUUUGCCAUUCACUUUCUUUCACAUCCCACCUUCGACAACCCCAGCAUCCAUCAUCUCAGGUUCCGUUUCCGAGUUGCUGAAAUGGGGUGUCACCGACUUCAGUUUGUGGAAUCAACUCGUAGCACUCGCGAAGCCUUCCGCUGACGGUCUUUCCGAAGAGGAACUCGCAACUGUGUUUCUGAAGUGCUCCGACGGCGGCGACCACACUGUUCUGCCCAUUCCGCGAGUCCGCAACAUCUUUGCUUGUCUAGAUGGCAACGAAGAUGCUCGCUUAGAUGGAGCAGAAUUGACACAGCCAGGAAUGUGCUUCCGAUCCUGCUUGACCGCGAAAGAGCCUGCUGGCCAUUUGGAGCUGAUCCCAGAUGAUGCAGAUGUGACAGAUGUGCUGUCUCUGUGGCUGGCUGACGGUGAAGGCGCUGCGAGACAGUUCAAGACCAUGUUGGGUCCCACCGACAACAAUUGCCUAGACGGCGUAGAUGGGCCUUGUGAGGGCUGCGAGAGCUACCACAUCGAUUUCAACCCGAUGGCGAAGCGGGAAGAGCACGAGUCGGCUGAAAUUAUGGGACGAUACCUUUAGAUCCACGGAGCUAGGAUGGCAUCUUCGAUCUUUGCCUUGAAUAUCAACGACAAUAACUACAUCAUACACAACAUUUAAAUUUCGACUUAAGACAAUGAUCUCCUCGUUUAUAAUAUUUCUUCUACUAACAUUCCUCGUUGGGAUGAAUCCGGAGACCUCCUCGAAGAAUGCAAGGCUUAUCACGAAAGAUGUGAGCCCCAUUUUUCGGAUUUUGAGGAGACUGUGGGUGCGGUUGUUGGCAGUCACAUGGCUGCUGGAGAAAGUCCGGCUGCUGACGCCAGCUUUCACGCCGUAUCAGAGGAAGAAUGUACAGACCCUUUCCGUCGACAGUAUUGUAUGGGCGUUGAGCGACUGACGGAAACGCAUGUGAGCGAGUGCACCAGCUACUACGGAAAGUGCUGUGCGAAUUUUAUGGCAUGAAUGAUGACAUAACUACUAGUUGUAGAAACCGUAAAUUGAAUAUUUUUGAUUACAUCAGAUUAUUUUUUGAUUGACUAUUUUUGAUUACUGCUUACAUGCAAAGCAACAGAUUCUUAAAACGACAAUUCUCGUCUCCUACUCUCCAUGUCAAUCUCUAAGAACUUAAUGGGCACAGGUGCUCCGGGUGCGAACGAGUUUCACCUCGAAGACUGCAAGCCGUGUGAGAAGGAAUCGGAGUGUCCUGCAGUUCAGGGCUCCGUUUUCGACAUGGUACAUGCCAGUGCAGACCAAGGUGGUUGCUUUGUGCCAGCUGAGAAGGAUGAGAUGGCUGCUGUGGGUGCAGUAGCAGGUAGUGCAACUACGACUCCUGCCACCGCUCGUCCCUCGAUGCAUCUCGACUACCAGAGACUUGCGUUCUGUGCGGGUGUCUUCGAACGCGCGCGUUACGACAUGAUCGAGAGUGGAAAGCUAGACCCACAUGAUGCGACAACAGUUCCUGACGACGUUGGUGCCGAAGUUCAUCCUGGUUUGGUACAGACCGUAGCUAUGAGCGACUCGAAGAAGCGUUUGGCAGUCUUCCCUUCAGAGGAAUUAACACGGUCAACAGCAGAGUUGGAUGCUUUGGUUGCAGAUUUUCAAGCCACGACAGCGGGAGCAAAAGAAGUGAAGAGUUACGGAUUAGUUACUCGUCAUACUCUGGUAUUUCUAAGAUUCAUUUGCAUGUUCAACCCGAAAUAUGUAGGGAUCUCCCGCGAAUUUUCAUGCUACUUCGCGAAAUUUCGGAAUUCGUGUUCAACAUUGUUGAUGUCAUACAUCAUGUAUCAACACCUGUAGUACUUACGCCCUUGUUCUUCAGUUUGGAGUUUUCUUGCAUGCCUGCUACAAAACUGGUACAGAUUAUUAUCGAUGAGGGUAUCAUGAACAUGAAUCUGCUCUAGAUCAUCUUCAGCAUCAGCUCGCUCCUCUAAGCCACAACUCCGUUCGUUUCGCUGUUGCAGACCUUCGAACGCAAACGCCAUCUUCGAAGACAUCAGCAAAUGCAGAUGCUGGGACGCAGGCAAAGAAUGAGGCAAGGGCCACCCGCAGGAAGUGUGAGUGGUGCAGGCUCUCGCGCGAAGGAGCCCCUUCCGUUGGUACCCGUAGGAGACGAGACUUCUCCGAUGAACCUGUCCCCAGACCAACAGGCUGCUGCUGCUUCAGCACCAGUGCAUGUGAUCGAAGUGCGAGAAACUUACGGCAAACUAACAAUCUCUUUCUCUAUCUUCUCUUAAGAUGCCAUCACCAUUUUGUCUACUUGUACUUCAAUUAUGUUGAAUUGUCUGUAUUUCAGAGCCAGAGACUUAUUUUCAAAUGACGGAUAUAGGAUUAGGAUUUAGGAUACAUAGCAAUAGCUGCAGGACCAGCGAAGCUUCCUUCUAAUCUCCCAACUACCCAGCUCAUGCGCCACAUCCACCGCGCGCUUUGAAUGCAGACUUAGCACAUGCACCAGGUGCUGUCCCUGCUAUGCAGGCAGGCGACUACGAUCCGACUGUCUAUGAAGACCCUAUCCGAGAGCCAAGGUGUCCGACCGAGACAUUUAGGGAGAAGCGAACUGGAGAGAUGAAAGUCAUCCGCAAUGAGGAGUACUACAAUUAAGGCAUUGACAGAUACAAAUUCAUGCUCCGGCAGAUAGCUUUCUUGUUGCUCUUGUAGAAUAGAAAAUGAGGACAACAAGAAUGCUCCUGAGAGUGGAUUUCUGUUGGUUCUAAGACACGAAAUUUUGUGCCUGGAUGCAGGAAGUAGCGAAACCGAGUGAGGGGUGGGACUUAGGCCACUUUGUGGACCCAGCGACGAAGCAAUUCGCGAACUCGCAAUUUUUGCCAGACAGCACAUGCUCGCCGGAAGUGGUGAUCAAGUUAAGAUUUCGCUGUUUGGAAGUUGCACUGGGCAGGAAGGUAGAAGUUUUUCGUGACACACUUCAGAUGAUUUCUUCGUUACUACAUCACCCAUCAUCCUCGGAGGCGAGCAUGUGCCCGUGAGGCUCGCUGGGAAGGAUUCACAACCUAACCUAACCUCACUGUCCUGCACGGCACCUCCAUUCCCACUCUAAUCGGCGGCCACACCGAUCGCAUCCAGCGAUCUGAAUUUGACGAUGACAAUGUGCAGAACUGUCUGCGGGCACAUGAGCUGUGCCUCGAGUCCGGUGAGCCUGGUAGCGUAAGCUGUGGUUACGUCGAAUCCGACGUCUGCAUGGAUGUCGAUUUUCCGGAACCGAAGUUGCCGGCGACACCACCCAGUGUCGAUCUUGCGGAUAGCCCGAAGAAGGUUGUAGUUGGUUAUGGCAUUGUGGGGUACUGGAAUUGGCAUUCGUAGCAUGUUGUGAUAUCACUUCUUCAACAUCACCCCUUACUUAGCAUCAUUUCGCCUUCUAAAAAUUCUCAGCAGGAGCUGCAAAAGCAGACCCAAUGCCAGAACCUGCAUCAACUGGAUCCAUCCCGGCUGCAACUGGCGAGGCAGGCGAAGCUAUUCCGCUCGGCACCGGUGCUGACCUUCCUGGCGGAAAGGCACAGGAGAUGAGACCCCCGCCUCCUACUGGGACCGAAAAUGCUGCACCACCAGCACCAAAGGCAGCAGCUACAGCAGCUACUGGUAGCGUAGCUCCUGCGAAAGGAAAGGCAGCUUUGGGAAUCGUCACUCCGGAGACAGUGGCAGCACCGAUCACAGCAACCCUGAUGCAGGGUCUGGAGAGUAUGGAGAAAACGGGCAAACGCCGUGUGGUCUUCAAGGUCACGGUGGAAGAGGAGUAACUUAACGAGAACACACUGCUGGAACUGUUUUGUCCUACCAUUCGGCUAGUAGCACUAAAUGGGACACCAUGAUGAUGAAUCUGCUCAUAGAAGUCGCGGAUUCAAUGACGGACUCAACGCGGGGUGGAGAGCACAUAUUAUAGAUAAACAGUUCUGCUUUUUUCCAACAUUUAUGUUGAAUACGGCCAACAUGCAUGUGCAUUGGAAUUUAUGACGAAUGAAUGGUAAUUCGGAGAAGGCGAAAUUUUGCCCAUGAGUGGGUGCAUUGCAGUAGAUAGUAUAAGAAUUGCACAGACCAGAUGUACGUAUUUUUUCCGGAUUUAACUGUUGAUGCUUGCUUCAGAAUACAAUGUACCAUAGCAGGAGGAGCAUUUGGUAAGACAAGGGCGUGCCUUUGGUCGUCAUGAAAACAAGUAACUCAUCGUCGUCGGAGUGUUAUAAAAUAGAAAUGAUCGUAUGAUUUCGCUCGCUUUAUACCACAAGAGCAGACAUGUUGUCGUGUUGUAGGAAAUUCGUUCGUCGAAAGAGG